CUAGUAACCAUUGUAAGUACACAAAAACGCUGAAAGGGCAACUUCCGGCUGGUGUGAACUUUAAAUAAAUAAUUCACCCCGCGCGUUAAUUAAACCAAGAGAACGUUUGAAAUGAAGAAAAACAUCGGAGCCGUAAAGCACGAGGGAAAACAAUCCCCGCAUUGAAAUCCUCAUCGCUAUAUAUAGGGCAGACAUUACAGAGAGGCUCGGGCUAGCCGGAGAUAGCUAACAGUCACACCUGCUCAGAUCUGCCCGUGAGCACUGCACUCUGUAAAUGCCCACCAGCAUUUAUUACCAAAACAUCUAUCCCAUGCUGUAAUCUGCGAAUGACUGCAUAAAUCUCAGCGAUAAUGGACUCUAAGAGGGAAAAGGACAAUGAUACAGAAUGUGCAAAGAUCACCACCGUGCUUCUGAAAUCCCGCACUGGGGAGUUCGACUUGGAGUCCAUUUUGUUUCUUAAACUGAGGAAUUUAGGAAUUUAUGAUCUUGGAUGUAUAGGAGAGUGUGUAAACCUGGAGAGGCUGGACCUCUCUGGAAAUAACAUCACAAAUCUGGGUCCUCUUUCACCUCUACGAAGACUUCUUGUUCUAAACUUGUCAGCUAAUAGAAUCUCAAAUUUAGAACCCCUUUCCAGCUGUGAAAGUUUACAGAGUUUGAAUGUUGCUGGUAAUGUGAUACAGAGUGUUGAAAGUGUUCAUUCACUCAAGUCUUUAAGAAAGCUGGAGAGCAUCAGACUGAAGGACAACACCUAUAAUUACACCAAUCCAGUCUGCAAGAGUUCGUCAUACCGAACUAUUAUUCUUGAAAUGUUUUCGAACUUGAAAGUGUUGGAUGGUGAAAGGGUGGUGGGACGUGGAAGUGACUUAUAUCAACUAUGCAAAGACAUUGAUGAAACAAUUAAAGCAGGCAUGUAUAAAAACGGCCAACUGCCUGAGGUGCCAGAGACCAAACCUUGGGUGGAUGAUGGUUUCUGGGAGAUAAAGAGAUCAAACAAUGCCAUUGUUGAUGAAGCCUAUAAACAGUUCAGUGAUGUUCUUCAUGAAUGCAGACUCCUGAAUAGUCGAGCAGCACAUGUGAUCUCACAAAACGAACGGACCUUCAACCUCAAGAACCAACCAAAGCAGUAUGCCGUUUGAAUCUGGGAAUAUCUGCAUCUAAUUAUGUUUCCAUAAGAAUGCAUCUGUUUUCCACAGCUUUUUCUAUGUGUUUUUAAAUGUCCAUAAGCUUGAUGCAUCACCGGUGCCAGAAAUCCAAAAUGCUCCGUGUUGCCUGCAGUGUGAGGGUUUCGUUUUUGUAACUACUCUUGAUUUUCCACCGUUCGAAGCAGUGGUUCUCAACCAGGGUGCUGCAAUGAACUUCCAAGAGGGGUUUAGAUAACUUGAAAUUAAGCUAUAACAACAACAAAAUCAAGAUAUGUCUUUGUAUUUGGUUAUUUUUAUAUCGAAGAUACACAGAUGAGCCAAAACAUGACCACCUAUCUAGGGUCAAAACAGCACUGACCCACGAGGCAUUGGACUUAUUCGCUUCACCUGUGACUGGUCAUAAUGUAUUGGCUCAUCAGUGUACGUCUUUCUAGUUAUUAUAAGCUUUAAAGCUCUAUAUUUCAUUACAUUGAGUGUGAGGAGGGCCUUCAGGUAUUGUUGGGGACAAUAGGUUGUCUUGAAGUCAAAAGGUUGAGAUCCAUUGGUUUAGAGAGACUGAUGCUGUAGUUACCCCUAAUCCAAUUGGAUCACUGUCUCAGGAUGUUCAGAAUCAAGACAAUUCCUCUUUGCACUCCUAAAACAAUGCUGUAUUUAACAUUAUGCUUUAAAUUAUGCUAAAAAUGCUGCUAUUUCUAUAUUUCCAAAUGAUAAUGUACCAUUAGUAUUGUUUAUUAAAGGGAUACUCCACUUUUUUUGGAAAUAAGCUCAUUUUACAACUCCCCCAGAGUUAAAAAUUAGAG